CUCUUCCUUGUCGUCCUUUCUCCUUUAAGCAACUUCGAAAAACUUUUGAGAUUUCAGUUUGACAAAAGUUUCAAAACUAUUUUUCUUCAACUUCGAUAACUUCACUUCCCACGCGCCGCCGCCUCCUCCUCCCACGCGCCUCUACUCCCUUUACUCUUUUUUGUCCUCUUACUUUCCAACUCCCUUUCUUCGCUGUCCACUUUGGCUCCACUGUUCCUCUUUUUUUGGAUUAGUGGAGAGGAAUUCCAACUUCCCCCCUUCUACUUCAACUCCUCUUUCUCUUUCUAUGAUUCUUCAGAGCUAAAGCUUAAGAUCUGAGUUGGGUUUUUGCUUUUUGGUCGGAGUUUUGAAGGAGGGGGGGCUGUCGGAGGCCUUUAUGAUUCCGAGGCCUCUGAUGAGAAGAAGAGCAAAAUGGGGGGAGUCACUUCUUCAAUCGCUGCUAAAUUCGCCUUCUUCCCACCCACUCCGCCCUCUUACACUGUAAUCACCGACGAAUCCCGCGAUGGCCGUCUCUACAUUCCCGAGAUUCCCAGACGCGACGAUGUUGAUGUUCUUCGUCUUCGGACUCGUCGAGGGAAUGAUAUUGUGGCUGUUCAUGUUAAACACCCUAAACCUUCCGGUACUCUGCUCUAUUCUCAUGGGAAUGCUGCUGAUUUGGGCCAGAUGUUCGAGCUUUUUGUCGAAUUGAGCGUUCGGCUUCGUGUUAAUCUUAUGGGGUAUGAUUAUUCUGGUUAUGGACAAUCAACUGGAAAGCCAACUGAAUAUAACACAUAUGCAGACAUUGAUGCCGCAUAUAAAUGCCUCAAGGAACAGUAUGGGGUAGAUGAUGAACAACUAAUAUUAUAUGGUCAAUCUGUUGGUAGUGGCCCUACGCUUGAUCUUGCUUCACGAUUAUCGAACUUGAGAGGUGUAGUUUUACAUAGUCCAAUCUUAUCUGGACUGAGGGUAUUGUACCCUGUCAAACGAACUUAUUGGUUUGAUAUCUACAAGAACAUCGACAAAAUUGGUUUGGUGAACUGUCCAGUUUUAAUCAUACAUGGGACAGCUGAUGAAGUUGUUGAUUGGUCCCAUGGAAAGCAGCUUUGGGAGCUUUGCAAGCAAAAGUACGAACCUCUUUGGCUAAGUGGAGGUGGGCACUGCAAUCUUGAGCUCUACCCCGAGUUCAUUAAACAUUUAAAGAAAUUUGUACAGUCACUUGGAAAAUCAAAAGCAUCAACUAAUGGUUCUGAGAAAGCUAAAGUAGAAAUUGACAAUCAGAACAAACCAUCUGAAACUGGGCCUUCAGAUACGUUCGAAUUGGCUGCCAAUCUUCCUGAAGUUUCCCGAAACAGUUUAGAUAGUCGACUUGAGAAGUCAAGAAAAGCAAACAAACCUGAGAAAUCUCGUAUGAGCACUGAUCGUGUCGAUAGGUUUAGGAAAAGAAAGGGCUUAGUGUGGUAAUCGAUUAUAUCAAUUCAUCUCAAAUAAGCUAUGCACUAAACUCAACCGUGAUCCCCUCUUUAAUGACGCAUCCAUUCUACCAGCAACGUACCAAUUGUGUGUGAUUCCUUUUUUUUUCCCCCACUUUUCAUAUUUAUGUAUGUUCACAGAUGAACUUUUCAUUUACAUCCCUUUUGUACAAACAGCAACAAGAUAAGAGCAAAACCUUUGCAGUUUUUGCAGAUCAAUUAUUGUCUUAGAUGAAUUUCCUUC